UUUUUAUUCAGAGAAGAAGGAUGAUCCAGUGGCUAGGAUGCUAACUUAGAAAAGCCAGGUUCAGUUUCCUGCUAGGCCACAGUCCUAUUGCAUGACCAUGGUCAACCACUUAAACCUGGUUUACACUUAAAGGUUCUGCCAGAAUAUGUUGGUUAGAAGCAUGACAAAAUCACAGCUCUAACCAAAAUAGCUAUGCCAGUAAAAGCCCUAGAGUAGAUUAAGUUAAACUGGCAAAAAAGUCCUUAUUUUAUUUAGGAAAUUGGUAAAAGUUAUACAGGCAAACCCUUUCUAGUGUAGACGAGGCAUAAGUCUCUGUCCCAGAUCCUCAAAGGUAUUUAGUUACCUAACUCCCACUGACGAAUGGGAAUUAGAUUUCUAAAUACCUUUGAGGAUCUGUGCCUCAGUUUUCUAUUGAUACAAUAGGGAUAACAGUACUUUCCUAUCUCACUGGAUCAUUGUGAGGAUAAAUUCAUCAAAAAAGAAAGAUUGUGGGGUUGCUAUAUAACUACAACAGAUAGUUGUUCUUACUGCUAACUUCCCCAGUAAAAUUAACAAAACCACAAACUAGACCUUUGAUCUAGGGAAGUGAUGAGACUUACCAAGUCCCACUAUGAUAACAAUAGUAAUAUCUAGUUCUUAUACUGCUUUUCAUCAUUAGAUCUCAAAGUACUUUACCAAGGAGCUCAGGAUCAUUCCCUCCUAUUUUACAAAUAGAGAAACUGAGGCACAGAGAAGUGAAAUGAUUUACCCUAGGUCUUCUUGACCUUCCAAUGCCUCCCUGUGAGCAGACUUUAAUGAUCACACAGAGGCAGCUACAGGACUGAGGUCUUAGUCAUAAUAACGAAUAGUUAAAUUCAAUAUUACAAAUGACUAACACUUUUCUAAAAUCACUCUUUUUACAGAUAUCACAUCUUUAAGUGAUUGAACUGUUCUAUUUUUAUCUUUCUUUCAAUAAACACGAAACAUUCUGAACCAGGUAAGUAGAAAAUAAAUCCAAACCUCAGGCAUCAAUUAUAUGUAUGGAGUGUUAUGCUAAAGAAUGCUUUAUAGAAGUCUGAAUUUUUUCGGGAGACAAGUCUUCCUCUUUUCACAUCUCACUUAUUUCGGAGAGUAAAUCCCUUCUUGCGGGUUCAUUUUAGGGAGUGUUUAAAGGCUCUCCCUCCGGGGUGCAGGAUUUUGUUGUUAAUAUCAGAGAUACUUAGUGUUUAGUUAACCUACUUCAUCCAAACUGUCCCAGCUGCCUAGCCCUGAAGAGAACUGAUAACAGGCACAGCCCUCACUAAGGCCUGACAUCUCGGUGAGGGAGAGGGGACAAUUCCCUAGAGAGCUUCAAAAGACACAGAUUAUUUUCUCCAAGGAAACCCCUUAGAUAAGGCUCUGAGAGCUACAAAGGAGCGCCCAUGACCCCAGGCUGCCUGUUCCCACGCCACCUCCAGCCGCGGUACGAGCUCGGCAGGCGCAGCACUAGAUGUUUCUCACUUUCCACGAGCUUUACUAGAGACCUCUCUCUACAGGAAGUAAAUAGUCAGCACUUCCGGCCUGUGCUCCCGACUGCCUCCAAUCACAAAUGCCUUUCCCCUGGUUCGGCCUUCCCUUUCAUCAUUUCCGGUAUCUGACCACCCCAGUACCCAUCAGCACUUGCGAGGCGCCGCUCAGCGAGGCAGCUUUUGGCCCGGCGCGGGUUUCCGGGCGACUGCAGGCGAAUGUGCUGUCACCAAUGUGAGGCUGCCUUGGCGCGCGGCCCGGAGCCGGAACGCAGCGGCGGCUGAUGAAUGGUGGAUGCCGGGCUGGCUGGUUCAUGUGGAGCCUUCUGUGGGGGGAGCUACGAGCCGCUGCCGGCGCGAGUAGGCUCCGCUGCCGAUCGGCCGCUUUCCUUAGCAGCGGCGGCGUCGCGGUUUCCCCCGGCCCUGCCUGCGGAGACUCGCCUGGCCGCAUGGAGCGGGCUGUGGUGCGCUGCGUCCCGUCGGAGCCGAAGAUGAGCCUGUGGUUCGUGCUGUGUGACGGGAGCGCCAAGCACAUGCAGCGGGACCAGACGGAGCCGCUAGGCCGGGCCUUGGCCCGCAUCGCCACCAACGCCGGCAAGGGCCAUGCCAAGGCGGCCAAGAAGAGCAAGAAAGCGCGGGCGGAGGCGGGACCGGCCGGGGAGCCGGUGCCGGCGGCGCCGCUCGCCGUGCGCCUCUUCUCGCGGGACGGGGAGUCCGUGGCUGAAGACGUGUCCAAUGCCGAGGCCUGGCAGGACGGCGCCGUGCUGCAGAUCGGCGAAGUCAAGUACCAGGUGGAGCGGAACCCGCCCUCAGUCAUCGAGCUCCAGCUGCCCCGCUCGCUGCUCGCCGGCUUCCCCGUCUGCCCCAAGAUCCACACCGAAUUCGGCGCGCCCCAGCACUGUCUCUUCCGCUGGUACCGGGAGCAGCCGGGGGGCGGCGGGGACGAGCCCUCUCCAGGGGGCGACAUCUGGGUAGAAGCCCCCGUCAGGGACCGCGUCUUCACGCCGACCAACGCGCACAUCGGACUGCGCCUCAAGCUCCACUGCACCCCGGGCAACAGCCAGCAGCGCUACGGGCUCCCCCGGGAGGUGGAGAGCAGCGGCCCUGUAGAGGCCGGGCCCGGCGCCUGUACCUUCGACUCCCGGCACCUCUACACCAAGAAGGUGUCCGGAGAAGGCUUAAUCCGCACGGUCUCCUACAACGUUCUGGCUGACAUCUAUGCUCAGACCGAGCACUCCCGGACGGUGCUCUACCCCUACUGCGCGCCCUACGCGCUGGAGCUCGACUACCGGCAGAACCUGCUCAAGAAGGAGCUGGUCGGCUACAGCGCCGACCUCAUCUGCUUGCAGGAGGUGGACAAGUCUGUCUUCGCUGAUAGCUUGGCCCCGGCACUGGACGCCUUCGGCCUCGAAGGUCUCUUCAGGAUCAAGGAGAAGCAGCAUGAAGGCUUGGCUACUUUCUACCGCAGGGAUAAGUUCACCUUGCUUAGCGAGCACGAUAUUGCCUUCAAUGAGGCUCUGGUCUCCAACCCACUGCACAAGGAGCUGCGGGACAAGCUAGCCCCCUACCCCUUAGCCCAGGAGAAGGUGCUGCAGAGAUCCUCUGUGCUGCAGGUUUCAGUUCUUCAGUCUACAAAUGAUCCUUUGAGGAAGAUUUGUAUAGCCAACACUCAUCUGUACUGGCAUCCAAAAGGUGGAAACAUCCGUCUCAUCCAAAUUGCUGUAGCUUUGUCUCACAUUAGGCAUGUUACAUGUGAUCUAUAUUCUGGCAUACCUGUCAUAUUCUGCGGUGAUUUUAAUAGUACACCUUCAACUGGAAUGUAUAGUUUUAUCAAUAGUGGCAAUAUUGCUGAGGAUCAUGAAGACUGGGUCUCUAAUGGAGAAGAAGAAAGAUGCAAUAUGUCUCUAACUCAUCCUUUCGAACUGCAAAGUGCUUGUGGAGAACCUGCUUAUACAAAUUAUGUUGGUGGGUUUCAUGGAUGCCUGGACUACAUUUUCAUUGACAUAAAUGCUUUAGAGGUUGAACAAGUAAUUCCAUUGCCAAGUCAUGAAGAAGUUACCACCCAUCAGGCCUUGCCAAGUGUCUCUCAUCCCUCUGAUCAUAUAGCAUUAAUAUGUGAUUUAAAGUGGAAAUAAGACUAACAUUUGCAUGGCAUUUGUUCCAGGCCUUUAAACAAGGAAUUUGUUUACUUUAGGGGACCUUAACUUGUAUCCCGGCUUGUAUGUAACUUUAUAAAGACAGAAGCUAGACUGAUUAUUGGAAAAAAGUUCACAUGCCUGUCAUUUCGAUUAUAAAUUUCUUAUUGAGCGUUUUGUCUGACUGUUCAUAACAUUUGCAUGACAUAGCUUCUCCUUUCCCUUUUUCUACACUAAUAGGAGGUCCAAAUAUAUUUAAAACAGAUGGGGAUGUUUUAAAAAAAGAAAAAAAGUUAGAUUAUCAGAUCUUUUUAUAGGUGUUUUUAACUGAUUAAGAGAUUAUUUUGUUACAGAUGUAUGAAUCUAAACUGAUUUCUAUAAAAGUACACGUGAACUGAACCCUGUUUGUAUAAUUCAGAAUAGGAUAUAAAAGAGGGUAAGCAAAUGACUUAUGUUGAAUCAAAUCAAUUAAAACUACUUUCAGUGCAGGACAAAUGUCACCUUCUAUUUAAAUACUCAAAAAUAUAAAUGUAUUCAUUAAGCAUUCCUGAUGCUUCUCUAGGCUUUAGCAAGCUGCAUGUUCAGUGUACUUCUACUUUUUUUGACAAGAUACUUUCUAACCAGAUACCAACAUCUGAAUAGACUUGUACAAUCAACAUAAAACCAUAUUAAAUUUUAGGAUUAAAAUGGUUUAGGAAACAUUUUCCUUGCCCACUUAAUGUAUUUGUAGCCACUGAAAGGCUCUUUAAGAUAAAUGAAAAAAAAUCAGAUGUUAAAGCCCAGUUGUUGAUUAUUGUAAACCAAUAUCAAGUUUACUAAAAAAUAAAAAUGUAAGAACUAUAUUUACUUUUGAGUAUUGAUUCCUGCUGUUAUCCAUAUCCUGUAUCUAGCAUUAGAAAACAUACUAACAGUUUUAGGUCAGUUUCCUAACACAGUUUGGGUGGGAAGGAGUUUUUUAAAUUUUGCUCGCCAGUUUUUGAUUUGCAGGAAAGCAUUAGUUGCUUCUGGAGAACAAUUUCUUCCUGGUUUGGGGGGAGUGGAAGAAAAUAACACUUCACAUAAGUAAUAUGUAUCUAAUUCUUUGGUGAAAAUGCUUAAAGGUGACUUCCAAAGAUUUUUAAAAGUUGGAUUUGCUCUAUUUUUUUCCAUCGCAAAGAAGGCCUGCUUGCUCUCACUUUUCAAUUUAGCACUAUCAAGUCUAGUCUUUCCUAGUUAUGUUGGAGAAUAUUUGGGAUGUCUAAGGAUGUACAUAACUAUUAUUUCCAUUAAGGUAUGGUAAUUUAAACACCCACUACCCAGGACUUCCUUUCUCCAAAACGUUGGUCAUGGAAACAGAAAAGAUUCUGCAAACAAAAGAUUUAUACAGUUUUAUUAAUGCUCCUUGUUUCAGUUGAUAACUUUCCCUUAACUCCAGGUAUUAUUGUCCUCGUUUGCCUAGUUUUCUGGUUAUUAGUGCCUUCCAGGGUAAAACAAGCUCUGAAUGUUUAAUGCUUAAAAAUCACCUAGAAUUCUCACCCCUAUCCACAAUUAAAAGGCACAUAUCAUGCAGAUAGGAACACUAGAAAUGCAUUAGAACAGUGUGGCUUCCUCAUAGUGCACAAGUUAAACUGAAUAUUUAAAAUGAAAACAUUUACUAAACUGAAAACUAUGGGGAUGCACAGACUUAGGUACGGGUUUUUGGAUGUCCUAACUCUGCUCCUGUUGCUUUAUCCAAGGAACAACCAAACGGUGCAAACUAAUCUGACACUCAGACAAGGUCCAUACAUGUACCUCAUAAUAAUAAAUACAGUGGUAGCAUUUUCAUAGUGCUAUGCAUGCUGAUAUGGGCAAUUGUUUCAUGGUGUUUUCAAAAAUGUGAUAUGUGAGCCUCCGAUGAGCUAAACCCUUAAUUAUGUGACUGUUGGUACCAGUCAAACGAGUAUGGGGGUCUAAGUAUUGCCACUCUCCUUGGCACCUCAUGGGCUGUAGAGUCUCCUCACAGGGUAGGUGGCUGCUGCUAGGCAAGGCUAGGGACUGAAGCUGUUAUAAGCUUCAUGGUGGGAGAGAAUAGAAAGAACAGGCCUGGAGAGGAACUCCUUUCUCUCACCAAGAGAAAUGGGAGGAAAGUCCUAGGGCACAAGGCCCAAGCACAUGUACAUGCACUGUUACCUCUCCGUGGACACACUAUUAGAAUGGAGCCUUCCCCCUUGUGACUGGUGCUGGCUAUGGGAGUAGAGACAGACACUGCUGCUGCUGGAACAGCCAGCAGCAAACUUUUACUUUCCAGCCCUCAAAGCCUUUUCUGGUGUCAGAAGUGACUUUCUGGAACUCUUCCAUUGAGGGGAAGAGAGAUGAUUCUUAGAAGGGAAUGGGUGGAGCAGGCCUAAGCUGAGGGGCUGGAGUUCACUGUUGACAGACACCAAUGGGUGGGAGGAUGGUGGGGAAAUAUGGGUUAAGAGGGUUGCUGACCAUGGAAAAUUAACACCCACUGUACAUUACUACUAUGAGCACACAACUGGUGUGAAUUACUGUGGGAUGUUACUAUAACUUGUAACCUGCUGCUCUCAAUUUGUUUUCAUGUGUUGCAUUUUAUAUUUAGAUAGUAAGUGCUUGAGUAGGGAGUGUUUGUGAAACUUUUGGGUGCUCAAAAAUAAGUGAUGAAAAAUCAUUUUGAAUCAGACUAAUGUACAUAUGUAAAAACUACAUGUCAUACAUACAUGUUUAUACCACCCUGCUUACCAACUAUGUAUCCAUUGCACCUUGCAUGUAAGAUAUUUUGAUUAAAGAUGUUUUCUGAUAAGGA